CAGUAUCUGUACUGUGCCUAUUCAAUUUGAUUCAUUAUUUUGGCAGCUCCAACUCUCUCUUUUAAUGUGUUCACCUCACCAUUUUCAUUCCUCAUUGAAGUUUCCCCUAUGACUCUUCCCACCACCACCCCAAGCCCAAUGCCGCCGCCCUCACGGCGGCGCUGUCCCUCCUUCUUGUUUCUAGCAGUUCUUGUUCUGUGCACCUUCGCCUCCCAGAUCCCCAAUGUCGUCGCCGGAGAGGGCGAUAUCGACUUAGACGACAUUAAUAGAGAUGCCAAAACCUUGAGCUUCGAGAACCCGAGCCUCCGCCAGGCCUACAUUGCCUUGCAAGCUUGGAAGAAAGCCAUUUUCUCUGAUCCUUUCAACUUCACUGCCAACUGGACUGGCUCUAAUGUUUGUUCCUACGGCGGAGUUUUCUGCGCCCCCUCACUCUCCAACUCCUCCGCCAGAGUGGUGGCCGGCAUUGACCUCAACCACGCCGAUAUUGCUGGGUACCUGCCUGACGAGCUCGGCUUGCUCACCGAUCUGGCCCUUUUCCACAUCAACUCCAACCGGUUCUGCGGCGUCGUUCCUAACAGCUUCAAGAAACUGAAGCUGCUGUUUGAGCUUGAUCUGAGCAACAACCGGUUCGUUGGGGGGUUUCCGAAGGUUGUACUCUCGUUGCCGUCUUUGAAAUUCUUGGACCUCCGGUUUAAUGAGUUCGAGGGCGGUGUUCCGUCCCAGGUUUUCGACAAAGAUUUGGAUGCCCUGUUUCUGAAUGAUAACAGGUUCCAGUUCGGGAUCCCGGAGAAUCUUGGGAACUCGCCGGUUUCCGUUUUGGUUCUUGCUAAUAACAAUCUUGGAGGCUGUAUCCCCGGCAGCAUUGGGAACAUGGGCAAGACUCUGAACGAGCUGAUUUUGAUGAAUGAUAACCUGACGGGGUGCUUGCCGCCGCAGAUUGGGAUGUUGAAGGAACUGACGGUGUUUGAUGUCAGCUUCAACAAUCUUCAGGGGCCGCUGCCGUCGGAGGUCAGCCGCAUGCGGAGCCUGGAACAGCUGGACGUGGCUCACAACCGCCUCACUGGGGAGGUGCCAGCCGCCGUUUGUCAAUUGCCGCGGCUUCAGAACUUCACUUAUUCGUACAAUUACUUCACCAGAGAGGCGCCGGAGUGCAGCAGAUUUGGUGGCGGGGCGGUUUCCGAUGGGCGGGAGAAUUGUAUUCCAAAUAAGAGUAAUCAGAGGUCGGCGAGGGAGUGUUCCUCUGAUGCUGCUAAGCCAUUUGACUGUAGCAAGUCUAAGUGCGGUGGUGGCGGAACCGUUGCUCCGGUCCCGGGUAGGAGGGGGCCGGUGGCGCCGAAUCCUCCUUCGCCUAAGCCGGCUCGUGGGCCUAGGCCGUUUAUCAGGCCUUCUCCACCGCCUCCGCCCACGUCGAAGUCUUCACCCAGUAGUAGGUCGCACCCUCCACCUCCUUCUCCACCACCAACCAAGUCUUUCCAACCGCCGCCACCUACUCACGAAGUCUCUCCAGGAACUCGCCUUCCACCACCUCCACCACCGUCUCACGAACAUGUGACACCACCACCGCCGCAGCAUGAGUCAUCACCCACCACACACUAUAGAUCACCGCCACCUCCACCACCUCCAACUUAUUAUGCGCCCAAGAGUCCACCUCCGCCACCACCAUAUGUUUAUUCAUCACCGCCGCCACCACCACCAUCCUACAUAUAUUCAUCGCCACCUCCACCUUCAUCGUCUCCGCCGCCCCCACCUUCACCGUCGCCGCCUCCACCUUACGUUUAUUCAUCACCUCCCCCACCUUCACCCUCGCCUCCACCACCUUACGGGUAUUCAUCACCCCCUCCGCCUUCACCCUCGCCUCCACCACCUUAUGUAUACUCAUCACCUCCUCCGCCUUCACCAUCACCUCCACCACCUUACGUAUACUCAUCACCUCCUCCGCCUUCACCCUCACCUCCACCACCUUACGUUUACUCAUCGCCUCCACCACCUUAUGUCUAUUCAUCACCUCCUCCACCUUCACCAUCCCCUCCACCGCCAUACGUAUAUCAAUCACCACCCCCUCCCUCACCAUCUCCCCCGCCACCUUAUGUCUACGCAUCUCCACCACCACCCUCAGCCUCCCCACCACCACCGUAUGUAUAUUCAUCACCACCGCCGCCCUCACCAUCUCCCCCACCUACUGCUGAAUGUAAAUCACCACCACCUCCCUCGCCCUCUCCACCUCCACCAUACAAAUACUCAUCUCCACCUCCACCAUACAAAUACUCAUCUCCACCUCCCCCCUUACCAUCUCCACCACCACCAUACAAAUACUCAUCUCCGCCGCCUCCAUCACCAUCUCCUCCCCCACCAUACGUCUAUUCGUCUCCACCACCACCACCUCCCAAGGAAAACAUACCAUUGCCUCCAAUAGUAGGAGUUUCCUACGCAUCUCCACCACCCCCUGCCAUCCCAUACUACUGAUCACUGCUAUCAAAAUCCUCAAAAGGGACUGAGAAGAAAACAAGGCCAAUCUUCACCAACAGUAAAUAAGUUGGCGUCUCUUCUGAUGAUCUGUGGUUUCAUGUCCAGAAGCUGCUGCUGCAGCAAUUAGCAUAGUCUUAGUUUCUUUUCCCAAUUCAUUUCCGGGUUUUUUUCUUCAUUAUUUUUUCGAACUCAAAUUAUUGGCGGUCU